AUAAACAGCUGCCUCCACGUGACUCACAUCUAAAAUAACUAAGAUGCACUUUAGUUGUGAUAUUCUUGGAAAAGCCGAUUUCUUACUUAAACUCGUUGACACACUCUUGAAAUGCAUUCACAGAAAUAACUGCUUUCUAAUAGUGACAAAAUAGCGAUAUAAGAAAAACACCUCUCAACGAAGCCAGCAGAAAAGAGCACCGUUGAAAAACUCAUACGUCAAAAAAGCUGAAAAUCUCGAUAAUCGAGGCUUACGCGCCCCUCACAACUCAGCACACCCAACACCCUCGCAGGCACAAGUUAGCAAAGGUCUGUGUGGGAGUCAGGAGGAGCCGCCAUGGACCCCGCCAGGAUCCUGCAAAUCAUCACCAACAGCACAUGGAUGGUGACACAGUUGGUGGGGAGAGGCCCCGUGGAGUUUGCAAGAUCAGAAUACAUCGUGGAAGUAGAAGAGAACACAAGGAUUCCAAAUCUACUGCAGCUCUCAGUAAGAGUGCAGCCACAAGUGUCGGCAGUGAAAUUCAAAAUAACGGAAGGCAACGAGAGAGGCGCCUUCCGCAUCGACCCCUCCACUGGACGGCUGGCCCUCACCUCUACCCUUGACUACGAGCAGCAGCAGCAGCAUGAGCUUGUUGUGGAGGCGCGGGCUGGGGAGGCUACCAGCGAGACGCGCGUGGUGGUGAGAGUGCAGGACCAGAACGACCACGCCCCGGUGUUCAUCCGCACCCUCCACGAGACACAGAUCACUGAGGAGGACGAUAGACACCUACCCAAAGUCAUCCUCACGGUGAAGGCCACGGAUGGGGACGAGGGUGAGCACGGACGCCUCAGGUACUCAGUCACUGGGGACGGAAUCAUCCCUAACACCACUAUAGGAAGCUCCUUCGCCGUACAUCCCACCUCAGGCGCCGUUCUGCUCCUUAGACCGCUGGACCGGGACCCACCCAAUGGCCAGGCACAAUGGAAGAUUCGCGUGGCGGCGGAGGACGGGGAGUGGAGCGCCUUCACGGACGUCCUGGUCAACCUGAAGGACAUCAACGACAACGCGCCCUUCUUCGCCUCUCCUACGCUGCGCGCCGCCAUCUCAGAGAACACUCCUAAAGGGUCGUCGGUAAUAAAGGUGGAAGCUACAGACCAUGACGACCCUCGGGAAGGUCAGAAUGCACAGCUGACCUACUCACUGGAGAAGAACGUGAUCGAUGAGUCAAGCGGCAGCCCCAUCCUCACCAUCCACACCCGCACGGGGCUCAUCACCACUGCACUCUGUUGCCUCGACCGCGAGAAGACGCCCCAGUACGAGAUCCAGGUGGUUGCUACUGACGGAGGCGGACUCAAGGGCACAGGCACUGUGGUGGUGGACGUAGAGGAUGUCAAUGACGUGCCGCCAAGGUUUUCCCGCCCAGAGUGGACGCUAGAUGUGUCUGAGAACCAGCACCCCGAUGAUGUACUGGCGACCCUCACUGUGGUGGAUCAGGACGUAACCAACAACUUUACCUUCAGGGUGGUGCCGGAAAGCGGCGAUGGGUGGGACAUGUUCCGAGUGGAGAAGCGCCGUGUUGGAGCCCCAGGGGGAGACCUGCGCCUCGCCACACCCCUGGACUAUGAAAAACCCGAACACAGAGAGGGAUUCCGGUUUCGUGUGGAGGUGACAGAUGCGGGCGAAGGCAGCUGGGACGACCGCUACCACGUGGACGGAGCCUGGGUCAAUCUCAGGCUGGUGGACGAGAACGACAACACGCCCAUCUUCCACGCUGAUCACGCCCACCUCACCCUACCCGAGGAUACGCCCUCAGGCACCCACCUCACCACUUUCACUGCCCAAGACCUCGACGGGGGCGGCCGAAGCAAGAUAAAGUACAGCAUAGCUCCUUCAAGCGAUCCUGGUGGGAUUUUCGGAGUAACUGAGGAGGGCGAGGUUCGGCUAGUGGGCAACCUUGAUCGUGAAACCGCGUCAGCUCACAUGGUAGUGGUAAUGGCCGCCGACACGGGCGUGCCCCCCAGGACGGCUACGGCAACCCUGACUAUCAAAGUGACUGAUGUGAACGACAACCCCCCGUUCCUGGCGGACCCACAAGAAGUGCAGGUGGUGGAAAACACCGAGGCCCAGUUGGUGGCCACAGUGACCCUGAGUGACCCAGACAACUGGCGACAAGGUCACGGGCCGCCCUUCACCUUAUCCCUGGACCCCCACGCUCCGCCCUUGGUGGAGGCCAGCGUCAGGGUGGUGCAUGAUAAGAAAGGGGACGAAGGUCGAGGAGUCGGUCUAGUAUACACGGUGCGAGCCCUGGAUCGAGAAGAAGGACGGCUGAUGCUGGUGCCUCUGGUGGUGGGAGACGCGGGCCGCCGCUCAGCCACCGUCACUCUCACCCUGCACGUGGCUGACCUCAACGACAACCCCAUGACGCCUGCCGCCAAGGCUGUCACCGUCCACACCGUCAAGGGGCAGAGGAAGAUGGUGCCCCUCGGAAGAGUUUACGUUCAAGAUCCCGACGACUGGGACGCCGCUGCCAAGACCUACACGUGGAGACAUCCCCAGAAGGGCUUCUUUCUCGACACCACCAACGGCCAUCUAACUAUGAGCGCCUCCACGCCCGAUGGCAGGUAUGAGUUGGGGUUCCUCGUAAAUGACCUCAGUCAAGGUCAGGUGGGGGUUGAAGCAAAUGUCACUGUGGAGGUCAGGUCCUUGUCUGCCCUUGACGUCACCAGCGCCACGUAUCUGACUCUUGCUGCAGACCCUUACCGGACAGUACGCACAGACCUUCAGAUCGGGUCGUCCCUCCUGCAGCGACUGACGGCGGCAUCACGAACAUGGAUUGAGAAUGGCUUAGGGGUGAUGGCGUGGGUGGACGAGACAAGCCUGACUGAGGAAGAGGAGCAGGGAGCCGGGAGGAGCAGGACGCCUCCCACCACCAACGUGUGGGUAGCAGCGCCGGGUGUUUACAACCUGAGGCACCUCUUGUUGUACCACCGCCACAAGCUGGCAGAGGCGCUGGGUGUUGCGGUACAGGGCGUGGGAGUGACCACCUGCCAAGAGGCUCCCCGGGAGGAUCCUCACCAGCCUUCCCUGGGCUCCCGGGGCUGCACGAGCGGCUGCUGGGCCUCCACGGAGAUGGGUCAAAACUUUGUGGUUGUGGACGCCAAUGUGUCCUCGGUGGUGGGUCCUCAGGUGACAGUGCGUCGUGGGUGUGGAUGUGCUGCCUCGCUCCCCCUGGAGGACCCAGGCUGUACCCCUCACACAUGCCUCAACGGAGGUCGCUGUAUUCCCUUAGAAAAUGGCUUCAGGUGCAUCUGUCCGUACGGAACAUCCGGGCCGAGAUGUAAAGCUCUGAGUCGAAGCUUCGAUGGAGGGGAAUCCGUUGCUGUAAACCAAGACAGCGGAGAAUCCUGGAGCACAGGGAGUUGGGCAUGGGCUCCAUCCAUCCCUGCUUGUGCUCAAGUUCAUAUGAGUCUCGAAGUUCUGACAGCCUCCCAAGAUGCAAUUCUUUUAUAUUCCGGCUCAUCACACACUAUGGAAUUACCAAGAAAGAAGAAUGACUCUGACUCCUCCAGUGUGUCCGGGGAAGGGGAGAUGCGUAAGAACACGACCAGCGAUGAGGCAGCGAUAAGAGAAGAUAGUAAGGAGGAGCACGCCACCGUCAGUGAGGUCCGAGGAACACAAGGAACCCCAAGCGAAGUAGUGGCACUAGAACUACGUGGGGGUCGUCCUUUCCUUCUUCUUGAUCUAGGUGGCGGCAGCGUCACUAUCGCUCUCAACUCCUCCUACUCUAUUGCUGACAACACUUGGCACAGAAUUGACGUCAUCUGGAAGGAUGAGCUGGUUGAAAUGAUAGUGGACUUGUGUUCUGGCGAUAGCGUCGAUCACAUUCCAGCCCUCCACACCGGCACCCCGCCCACCAGCUUGCCGCCUGACGCCCAUAUCUGCCGCGGAGCUGCCAGGCUGCCUGGUGGCGCUAGGAUCCUUAACACCGGCCAGCCUCUGCAGGUGGGCGGCCUGGCCCAUCCGCUCCCUGAUCACGUCUCCGAGAGAUGGCCCGAGAGCCGAUCACUACCUUCCUUCCGUGGCUGUCUUAGGAACUUAAGGAUAAACAGAGAGCUGGUGGACCUGGGCGGAGCCAUGCUGGCCAGGGGCAGUACACCAGGCUGUCCUGAGGCGCAGUGUCUCACUUCGGGCCUCAUCUGUGGCCCUCAUGGCAGGUGCCGCGGGUCGCCAGGGUGGCUGCGGUGCGAGUGCCAGCCGGGAUGGACGGGGGACGACUGCGCCAAGCCCACGACACCUACGUCUUUCUUGGUCAACAGUUACGUCAAGCUGGCCCUCUCCUUUACCCCACUCGGAUACACUACUUCCCUGGCGCUCAGAUUUCGCACCAGGAAGAGACGGGGACAGCUGGUGGCAGUGUCUUCUCAACACGGCCAAGACCGCCUCGCCCUGCAGCUGGUGGAGGGUCAGCUGUGUGUGCUGCUACAGUUCCGACCUGACCCAGCCAGGUCACUGUGUCUCAGCCAGGCGCAGGUCACGGACGGCCAGUGGCACACCGUGGCGGCAAUAAGACAAGGAUCAGCGACCUUAGUGAUGGUGGACGACGGGGACGGCGACCACUACAACGCCUCGGUGUCCCUGGAGGGCCGCCAGCUGCUGCACGUGGACACCCAGGACGGCGUGCAUGUGGGUGGGGCGCCCGAGCUGGUGGGAGUCACCGUCAAGAUUCACGAGGACUACUACGAGGGAUGUAUUGAUGACCUGAGGGUGUCCGGGCGCAGCGUUCCCCUACCCCCUGCCGUGAACACUUCGGCGUGGGGGCAGGUAGGAGGGUUCCAGGGCGUGGAGGCAGGCUGCGAUGCCCCGCCAUCCUGUGCCAACGUGACCUGUAGCCCGCCACUCGCCUGUGUGGACACCUGGCGAGCACACUACUGCGGGUGUGGCGAGGGUCGAGUGUUGAGUCCCAGCAAGGCGACGUGCGAGAACGAGGACCUGUGUGUGUGGCGGCCUUGUCUCAACGGCGGCUCCUGCUUCAGCCAGCCUUCAGGAGCAGGUUACACAUGCGCCUGUGCUUCGGGGUUUAGCGGAACACACUGCCACCUGCCUGACGUGGGAAAGACUCCACUGAAGAUCUCCCUCGGCGCCCUCGUCGCUAUCCUCGUGUGGUGCGUCUUUCUUCUGCUGUUGGUCUGUGCCUUCCUGCUCCACCAACACCACAAAAGAUCGGCGCUGCGCAAGUGCGGGGAACUGAAGAAUGACUCCGGCAAAGAACAACCGGCCACGCCCUGCAUACACACGCCUAAUCUGCUUGAGCUGCAACUUCUCCAACCUCCGAGAGCCAACGGACAGCCAGCCUGGACCAGCAAAAACCCAAGCAUUGCAGACGUGGACGUUCUACAGGUGGACGCCACUUCCAUCAGCAGCUGUCUGGAGGAGCCGGAGCAGCGCAGCCUCCACAACUCAGACGUGGGUAAGAAAGAGCUCAACGGAGACACGCCCAAGAGCGGGGUGUGCGGAAGCAGCUCUGGAACUCCUAACGCGAGGGACGACCUUAGAAACUACGCCUACGAGGGGGAAGGUUCCUCGCCCGGGUCACUCUCCUCCUGUCUGGAGAGUUGCAGCGGCAGCGCUAAGUUCUUGGGCGGAUUUCGCGAGGUGGCACACAUGCUAGAAUCCUGACACGGGGCCAGCCAGUCCCCGCCACUCCAGUC